AAAUGUUUAACUUGAAAUACUUUAUUGCUAUUUUAAUCAUAAAUGCUACUAUGGCUCAAUGGACAAUAACUCAUUAUGAAGGUUAUGAUAAAUCUUUUACAUAAAAUAAAUUAGAUAAUUACAUUUAAUUACAUUGUGAAGCAUAUAAUCUUCCAAUCAUUGCUUAAUAAGGAGGUUUACAAAAAGUCAUAUCACUAAAGGACUUCAAACCUUUUGCGAAAACUAAAAUUUUAUUAGAAUUUAUAGUUCCUAUGGAUUCAAAAUAUUCAAUAUCAAUUUAAAAUAAAACAAUCGAUAUUACUCAAAGUUGGGAAUUAGGAUAUGGAUUUUCAAUAAUCAAUCAAUGUUUUAAUACUUCUGAUUAUAAGAUGUUAUCAUUUAAUUAUGAAUUAGACGGAAAAAAAUAUACAGAAAUUUCUAUAUUCAUCUAACUUUUAGAUGAUGAAUCAAAUUUAUAAUAAAAGUAUGUUGGAAUUAAAUAAAUUCAUAUUUUCUAAAUGGAAUGUCCAUAAAAUUGUUAAGAAUGUGAAUACAAUGAUAAUAGUAGUUUAGUUUGUUUGGAAUGUGAAAAUAAUUUUACAUUUUAAGUAAAUUAAAAUAAAUGUUAUUGUACGAAUUUUGAAUUUUAAAAUUAAUGUUUAAAAUAAUGCCCUGAUGGAUAUGCUGCAAAUAUUUAUCGAGGUUGUACAAAAGUUGGUAUUUCCAUAUAUAUUAAUUAUUAUAGAAUUAUUGGAAACAUAUAGUUUUGGAUAAAAUACAAAUUUAAAGUUGAAUAAGAAUUUUGAAUAAUAAUUACAAUUAAAGAAAUCUUCUUAAAUUCAAUUAGAAGUAGAUAUAAUAUUAUCUAAUUUUAAAGUAUUGAAAAAUCAAAUACUAUUAGGCUUUUUAACAAUUUGAUAUAAUGAUUAAUGAUAUUUACUAAGGAUGGAUAGCCAAUUAUUAUUCAAAUAUAUAUAUUUAAAUCUACAAUAUUUCAGAAUCUUAAUGUGAGUAUUCUAAAAAUUGUACUUUAAUAAAAUUAUAAACUCCAAUUGUUGAUGUGAAUUCAUCAAUUUUAAAUGUGAAGACUACAUUUAAACCUAUAAAAAGUUAAAGUCAUAAACCAAGAUAUAAUUUAUUGGAAGAUUUAGAAGAUGAAAAGCAAUCACUUGAAUCUGAAAUAAUAAUUUAAAAAAUCAAAAUAACUCAAUUAUUAAUAGAUGAAACCAUUUGUUCAUAAUAAAAUUGUAAAAUUUGUGAUUAAAAAUAUAUUGAAUAAGAUUAAUGUAAAUAAUGUAAAGAAGGGUUUUAUUUGUUUGAAAAUGAAUGUGUGUAAUAAUGUCCAGAAGAAAGCAUUUAGGAGGACUUUCAUUGUAAAACUUUCUUAAAAAAAUAAUCUAAUAGCAAAUUCAUAGUUAAAGAUGUAGAUAUUACUUAAAAUAAUUGGGCCGGUGAAAUAUCUUUGUUAGACAAUCGAAGUUAAUUUUAAUAUAGAUUUAAUAAAACUAACUUACUUUUUGGAGGUAAAUGGAGAAGAUAAGAAUUUACGAAAAUACUUAUUCUUGAACCUCAUUAUGCAUUAACAUAUACAUUUACAGUUAGUUAUAUAGAUCUAUCAGAAAAUAAUGAUUAAUAGACUGGAUUCUUUUAUUAAAUAGAUGGAGGAGAAUACAAUUAUAUCAAUCCUCAAGAUUUAAUCUAAAUUGAUGGUGAUGCUAAUAAACCAGAUUCUAUUGUUUAAUAUAGUAAGUAUUUCAAACAUACAAAUAAUGAUAUUAUGAUUACUAUUGGAUGUAAUACUAUCGGUUAUUGUUUUCUGUAAGAUUAUUAUUUAAUUAUACAUAAAUGUACACCAUAUUGCAAAUCAUGCACUGGACCUAGUAAAUCUGAAUGUUUAGAAUUCACAAGAAAUUUAUAUGAAUUUGAUUAUAAAACUAAAUUAUGCAAAUCUGGCUAUUUUGAAAAUGAUGAUAAAAUCUGCCAAAAAUGUGAAGUAGCUAAUUGUUCUGAAUGUAAAUCUAAAUAUCAAUGCAAUAUAUGUAAAAAAGGAUGUUCCCUUCAUUUACAAGGUUCUAAAUGCACAUGCGAAUGAAAAUCACCA